UUCGGGGGUCACAUGACCUCUUCACAGCAGCCAUGACUCCAGCUCGCAUGCAAAGUGGUGACUUCACACUCACUAUGAGACAGAAAUAGGAACCGACCACAAUCAGAGAGCACGAGAUGCUUUGAUGCAAACAUUUACCUGAACUGAACACGCUCUACUUCCUCCAUCCUGUUCUACUUCACUCUGACAUACAAUGCACAUUAUUACACAUAAACUAUAAACAUUUUCACUCGCUAAAAUCCACGAGUUGAAAUAAGAAGUUAAUAUCACACAUGAUUGGAACAGUAAACGGAGGAGGGCUGAGGGCAUCGCGAGGAAGUGACGACAGGAAGUAGAUGCUGCGUCCAUGUUGAAGGAGCAGCGGGCGCUUUGAGGGCUGAGAGCGAGACAGAGAAGCACGAUGGCUGAACUCAGGUGGAUUAUGACGUCUUCGUUGGUGAUGCUGCAGGUGUUGAGAUGUACAGUAACAUCUGUAAAAACUUCAUCCGUCACUGUCAGAGAUGAAGAUGAAGUCACGUUUCCUUGUGAGAGUGUGAUUCAUGAUCAGAAGAAGUGUAACAGUACUACGUGGCUCUUUAGUACUUCAGGAAGUACAGUAGCACUGUUUGAACUUGGGAAGUUUAAAGAAGGAGCCAACAACAGAUCAGACAGACUGAAUGUUACAGAGGAAUGUUCUCUGGUUAUAAAGAAGGUCAAAGGUCAGGAUGCUGGUCGUUACAUCUGCAGACAGUUUGAAUCAGGAGAAGGAUCACAAGUAGGGGACGUCGUUUAUCAGCUAUCUGUUGUUGACGGUGCUUUUGUAACAAAGACAACUUACAAACCUCCAGUGAAUGAGACACCUGAGAAGAAGACGACCAAAAGUCCACCUGAAGACAAGAAACCAGUGACUGCAGCUGAUGAUGCAACAAAGACGACAACGAAGGCAAAAGCCUGGUGGUGGUCCCUGGUCUACGUCUCUGUGGGGGGUGCAGCUCUCGUGGCGAUCACACUGGGAGUCGUCGCAUGGAGGAGAACUAAAGGGAACAAAACAAAGACGGAUGACGACGCGGACGACCCUGAAGGAGGCGUGGCCUACGCCUCCGUCAGCUUCACCAAGAACACCGCCGGCAGAGCCCAGGCCGGCCUUCAUCCCGAUGAUGAGGAGGAAGGUGGCGCAGUGACCUACACCACCCUGAAGCCCCCCCGUCCCUCCGCUGCAGCUGACCCCGCCGCCCUCUACGCCACCGUCACCAAACCAGCCAGAUAAGAGGUCACAUGACUGUUUGUAGCCCGAUGGAGACGUUUAGGAUCAGCGCAGGCUGCGUCAUGAAGACGUGUGGACGUUUGCUGUGAUGCAUUAUGGGAGUUCAGGAAAGCAGACGCUUAGAGACACGUGCAUCCGUUAUACUGCGUCCCUGCAUGCACACGAUGACGGCUUCAGGGCUUCUUGUCAUUUAUUUUGUCACCAUUUAAGUGAAUGUUGCUGUUUUAGUUUGCUGAAUGUGAUUGUGUCCUGUUUUACUGAGUAAAGUUUUCAGCUUACUGGAAUAAAAAUGAUUUUCCUUGUGUGGUUUUAACCCCAUUUGCGCUUCAUGCUUUAUUCUUUUUUUAAGCAUUUUAAUUUCAAAUAAAGGUUGUAUGAAAAGUCGAUUGUAAGCUUCAUUAAAAUGUCCAACAGAAUA